AUGCAUAAUCUGACGAAGUCGGUGGUCAGAAACUUGCCGAUUUGCGUAAGUACCUCACAACGUCACUCCUUUCAGUUCAUCAUCCUGAUAUUCUUCGUGGUCUACACAAUCUACGUAGAGUUUGUCUGUAUUCCGCUUUUCAAAGGGGAAGGCCUUCGAAGUAGCCUGAGGUACACGAGAGAGGCGCUUUGGAACCUUGUCUGCUGUAGGUUUUGUCCAUUUGCUGGCACUGCUACUGCUUUGGUCAUUUGUUAUGACCUGUGUCACGCCACCGGGAUUCAUUACAGAUAUCGUCAGAUGUGCCCAGCUUAUUUACCAAGUAUCGUUCCGGCCCGUUCUACUUUGUGGAAGACUGACACACAUUCAGACGAGUGGAAGGUGAAUCCGAACAGCGUGUACGAAUGCAACGAACGUAAAAAAAACGUGCUACAAGCCGGACAGAGCUCACUACUGCAGUGCUGCGAGCAGCCAGUUACAAGGCUUCCAUUGCCACUGAUAGCUAUUCCGAUUACCAAUGCUGAUACAGGCCUCUCGGCAGGAAUGUGCUUAAGAUGGACCACUAUUGUAUCUAACGGGAUCGGCUUUUACAACUACAAGUACUUCUUCUUGACGCUGUUAUACGCCGACUUAAUUAAUCUGUUUAUGUUUUCAAGGAUCUAUAAGGCCUUUUUCACAAGCUACUACGACCCGAAUUCGAGAUUUAAUCACCUUUUUUACCUGUCGCUGAUAGGGACUCUCGUUGUAAUAAUUUCACUGUAUUUUACCCUAGUCAAUCAUGAUUCUGUAGGAUAA